CUGCUUUCAGUUGAUGUGUGCGCAGAACACAGAAGAGAAACUUCCUUGACUGAAGAGCCUCAGACAGCGUAGAGAGGAACGCCGUACCAAAUGCUGUGCACAUAAAGAGGGAGAUUUAUUAAAAAGGACUAUGAGCCGUGGAUCUAAAGGUAAAACGGAGGGCAUCCGGAGCUCUCUGCUGAGCCCACAGGAGAAUGAGAGGCUGGACGAGCUGCUGGGCAGAAGGUGUGCUUCCAUGGCCACUGCAGUAGCACAGCUGUUCAUGGCUCUGCCUCACAGUCCCUCCACGUGGAGCCUGCAGCACACUGGAGUGGUGUGCUUCAUCAAAGACAACCCUCAGCGCUCCUACUUCAUACGGAUGUUUGAUUUGAAGACAGGAAGGCAGGUGUGGGAACAGGAGCUCUACAACCAGAUCAUUUACUCCUCUCCUCAGCCCUUCUUUCAUACCUUCGCUGCGGAUGACUGUCAGGUCGGACUGAACUUUGCGGCGCAGCAGGAAGCAGACGCUUUCCAACAUGCUGUCGAGGAUAAAAUCAGCCAGAGACACACCCGGCAAGAUAAGAAACAGCGCCCCCUUCCGCCCAGUGAUAGAAGUUCCCUGCCUCGAGUCCCACACGAUAAAGCGUCACCUGGCGGCCCUGGUUCUCUUCACAUUGCCACGGUGGACAUCCAAAACCCAGACAUCCAUUCGUCGCGCUACCGCACCGCACCAGCUUCUACCUCUUUUCUGUCCAGCAAAGGGAAGAAGGAUAAGAAGAAAGGGAAAAAGGGCCCCAAGUUCUCCAAAGCAGACAUAGGGGCACCCAGUGGGUUUAAGCAUGUGAGUCAUGUCGGCUGGGAUCCCAACAACCUUGACCCUGACCUGUUGAAUCUGCUCUCCCGGGCUGGGAUCAGUAAAGACCAACUGAAGGAUGAGCAGACUUCCCAGGACCUUUUUAAUGCCAUCGAGCGGUCUGGAGGCAUGGAUGAGGUCAGGAGGGUGGCGAACAGAGGAGGUGCACCUCCACCACCACCUGGCAGACAGGGGCCUCUGCCUCCUUUGCCGGGCUCCGGUGGCUCUGCUCCGACCCCUCCGCCUCCGCGAAGCCGCUCCGGCCCCCUACCUCCCGUCCCGGGCCACUCACCUCGAGGGAGCCCGUCCUCCCACCCGCCUCCUCCUGGACGUGGAGGCUUGCCACCUCCGCCUCCUGCAACAAGCAGAGGCGGCCCUCCUCCACCGCCGCCACCUGCACACUCCGCACAUUCUCAGUUCCCCCCACCGCCAUCCUCAAAGUCCCACAACCUGCCUCCUGCCCCACCGCCGUCCAGCCAACAGCGCUCCAUGGGGUUCGCACCUCCUCCUGUUCCGUCUAUGCCCAGCAGAGGAGGAGGUGGAGGGCCUCCUCCUCCUCCUCCUCCGCCCCCUCCACCUUCCCAAACCUCUUCAAGUUUCCCACCUCCUCCUCUUCUUUCUGGUGGCCCUUCACCACCACCUGCCCAUGCAGGUGGAGGAGACGGCAGAGGAGCUCUGCUGGAUCAGAUCCGAGGGGGGAUGAGGCUCAAAAAUGUUAUAGACAGUCCUGAAGGUCCAGGUACUCCACCAGAGUCAGGCGAGGGCAUCGUUGGUGCUCUCAUGAUGGUCAUGCAGAAGAGGAGUAAAGCCAUACACUCCUCUGAUGAAAGUGAAGAUGAAGGUGGAGAUGAAGACGAGGAUGACGAUGAAUGGGACGACUGAUGUUGAAAUUCUUGUUUCUGUGGAUUAUAUAAUCCUCUGAAUUGUAUUACUGGUACAUGUUGGAUUUCAGGUUCAAUAAUUGAUAAUAAAACUGGAAUAUGGCUUGA